CCCGAACGAAAGCGAUGUAAAUAACGAUGUUCGCGAAUUGUAAACAUGGCCUACUAUUAAGUUUAAAAAAAGAACAUAUACAAAGUUGUUAACGCUUGUAAUUUGUGUAUGUUAAAACAUAUUCAUACAUUGAAAAGGCAUCUUUGAAAGUUUUUCAAAAUGAGGAGUGAUCAUGUAAACAGUAGGAUCUUGUUGAAGAUUGAAGAACUUGUAAAACCAUUGAACAAGUUGCCAAAAGCCUGGAAUGAUCAUCUAGCAAAGCACCUGGAUGAGUACAUGGAGUGUAUUGAGCAGCUGUCAAGAGAUGAAAGUCUUGGUCUGACUGCCAUUAAUUUUGUUCAAGCAGGCCUUAUGGUUGAGAACACCACCAAGGUAUAUGCUUUAAAUGUGGACUAUUUGUGGCAGUUCAUGACACAAGUAUUGGAGGUUUUAAGAAUGAACAAUUCAAAUAACAAUAAUAAAAGGAGAUCAGAAGCUUCUGUGGAAACACCAGAGAGUUCUGAAAAAUAUUCUAGAAGGAAGAAACGAGCUGUUUGUGAAGACUUUGAAGAGAUUAUUCCUAAUGUCAUUGAUCCUGAUAUGAAAACAGAAGAAAGAAAUGAACCCAUUAAACCACUGCCUCUCCAGCGACACAUUAUUGCGAAAACAGACUGGAAGAGGCAGAAACACAGUUAUCAUAUUUAUGAUGUGGAGGGAGACACAGUAGUAUCAACAGAUUAUAGUGUGAUGUUGCAAACUUCAAGACAGGGGAAGUUACAGUUAAAUAUGCUGAAGGAAAUCACCAGAGAAUGCAGUGAGGAAGAACACAUUCGGCCGGAGAAUUUUGGUGAACUGAUUCAUGUCUUGGAGUUGCUGGUACAGGAGCUUAGCCAAAGUGAUGCAGGUUGUAGUACAAAUGAAGAUGAAGAUAAUGAUUUAGCUGAGGAGACAGAGUUGACACCUGAUGGGAUCUUCAAUCUACCCUCACUAGAAGCCCCAACUGAACAUGAUUCUGUUGAACCACCAGAACAUCCAACACUCUCAUCUUUGCCAGUAACUCCACCCCCUUCUCCAGAACCAAUAAAGAGAUCAGCAUCUGACUUAGAGACACCCGAAGGAAUCAAAAGAUCAAUAUCAGAUGCUGAGUCAGAGAAAGAAGUGUGUGCUGCUGGGCUGUCUGCAAGAAGACAAGGUAAGAGGGAACAUCUUGUGACAGUCCCGUGUGACCCAUGGGAGCCUGAACGGGGUACACGAGAGAGGCCACUGAAGAGGAAACAGGCUUUCAAGCUGCCCUGUGACAUCAGGUUGCUCAAACCAGACGAGAAGAAACGUAAGUCUGGACAUGAAGAGAAAGUGAAAUUGAUGGUGGAGUACAAUGGAACUAAAAUGCUGUGCACGUAUGUGAUCCAUUCGUGUUUUCCAUUAUAUCCAGACUUCAAGCAGUUUUGUCUUCAGGAAAUAAAACAAAAGACUUUGCUCUUACAGAAUCAACCAAAACUCUAUAGUGUCAGAGCUCUGGAAGAGCUUCAUCAUCAUCUGUCAAAGGAGUGUGAUGAAGAUUUUUUUGGUUUUGAAGAUUAUGAGCCUGAAUUUGGGGAAGAAGAAGGGUUUCGUGGUUUUCCUGAGGAAGAAGAACCAGAAGACGAUGAGAAUAAUGAAAAUUAUGCCACAGAUCCAGACAGCACUGCCACCCAAUUCUUGGUGAACGAGUCUCAUGAGAAUGCAGCACAUCCUCCUUCUAGUAAAGACAUUCUGUUUGAAAAUAAUGUGUUUGGUCAGACAGACAGCAGUGAAGAUAUCAACCUUUUUCAGGAGCAGAUGGAAGCAGACAUUGCCAGACGGGUGGCUGAGUGGGAAAAGUAUAUUCGCCCCAAGUUGAAAGUUGCGCAUGACAGAGGUCACUUUGACAUCCAUAGUGUCGGAACAGAAAUACUGAGUUCAUUUCCACAAAGUUCUGCAAAAGUUACAUUGCGGUUUGAACAAUUUGCAGCAGACAAACCAAGAGAAGACAUCCCACGUUAUUUCUUAGCAGCUCUCCAGCUUGCAAACACAUCUAACAUUGAAAUCUCACAAUCAACACCUGGACACCUGUCCAUGGACUGCAUGGAAAUGACAUUACUUUCACCUGUAAGACACCAUGAGGCCCUUGAAGAUUAUAAAGCCCCAUCACAGGGUGAUAGACGUAAGCGUUUCAUCAGUCGAGCUGGAGUAUGUGACAGUGACAGUGAUGGGGACAGUAUAGCCAGUAGCAGUACAUGUAGACACAAGCGCAACAAGAGAUGAAAUGUGAAAAGUACCAAAUAUUCUGUUUCACUCAGGGCUCAGGUAUAAGCCACGUUAAAUUAUUUUUUCAACAAACUUAUAAGAUGUGGCUAUGGAACACAUGUGAUGUGCAGUUGAACUGUGUAGAAUAUGACAAGUGUCUGGUCCUGCAAGCAAGCAAGAUGGAAGAAUAGACAUUAGUAUAUGAUAGCUGGGACAGACAUUUAAUCACUGUGCAAUAUCGUAUUGGAGUCCCUUUCCAAACUCGCUCAUUUUGAAGGCUCUUCAGAGGGAAUGGUUAUAUGUGGUUCAUGUGAUUUUAGGGUUUUUAUUUAACCCAGAUGGGUAGAAUAUUUUAUGAUAAAUUUUAUACACGCAGAAUUGUGAUUUCUCUAUGUACCAUAUUUUAAAUGUUUCUACUUUGUAUUUCUUUUGUAUGUGUAUCCUUUUUCACCACAUGUAAUUUCCUUUUGUUUUCUUACUUAAUUUUCAGCAGAGUUUGUAUGUUCAGAUAAAGAGACUACACAGUCUCCAGUCUUCUGAAGAGCAUAUUACCAUUUGGUGCAUAGUUGCUGAAUGGAAGAGGAAAGAGGAGUGUAUUGCAUGAGCUGGGCAAGUAACAAGUUAGGAACACUGUACAUAGCAUAACAGUUCUGUUGUGUUCAUCAGUAUUUCUUUCACCUUUACAAAUGGUGUCAGUGACAUGAUUUGGGAUUUUCCGAUGUGGUUGACUCUUGGAUGCCUAACUGGGUGAUUAUGUAGGUAUUGGGUAUUCCCCCCAUGUGAUUUCAUGGGGACUUGUAUGGCUGAGAAUUCCCUGCCCAGUCACUUCCAUAUACAGAAAUGUAUGUCAUUUCUUGUGUAAGAGCCUAUUACUUUCCAAUUUUAACAAAAUUUGAGUAAAAUUCCCCAAAAUAAAAUUUUAUGAAUGUGGCAAAUCUCCAGUUUUUUUAGCGUAAUUAAUAGUAGCUGUGCAAUGUGAUGUACUCUGAUACCCAGAACUCAAACACGUUUCAAAACUCUGUAACAAAUUCUAUGAGGUAUCAUGUUUACCUUCUUUUGUUUUAAGAAUGCUCAUAAUAUCCCUGGUAUUAGUUUGUAAUACAGUGAAACCUCUA